UUUUAGAGUAGACAUGUAAUAGCAUAAUAUGUAGUAUGCACUCCGGACGCAUUGGACCGGCCUCACCCUGUCACACUGCAUGGGCCGUAAUAGGCAUACCACUCAUACAUUUUAUCGAUGUUCAUUUGCAUACAUUUCAAACUGUAUAUUGUUUAUCUUGCUAAUAUUCACCUAUGUAAUACACAGAAUAAAUUGAAAUUGAAAUUGAAAUAUGUAUGCAACUACAAAACUCUCAUAACCCGUAUACUAAAGCUCCAAUUGCCAGAAACGUCUUAUUUAGAGUGAAAUAAGAGACAACGACAGUACCGCGGCAUUUAGUGUUACCUGCGGUAAGGACAGAGGCACUUAGAGCUACGCACUAACAACAAUAACAGCGUGAGCAUUCUCCAAGCGUCGUCAAUGGUGAUUAUUACGCGAAGUCUCACUCGAACUACUGACUGUGUGAGAAAUUCAACGGGUGCAUGUAAUUUUCGACGGACGGCGGACCGAAGACCGGAAGAUUGCGUGCAUAGUUUCAAAAUGGAGUUGGAUGAAGCUGGAAGUUCUGGUGAUCCGUCUUAUAACGAUUUGGGACAACCCCAGCGUACUAAAUCAACGGUGUCAAUAGAAGAUAAUAAUGAAGAGGUCCACGUGUCAGAAACUCCUCACCCAGAGAAGCCGUUGACCGAACUAGCCACAGCAUCAGAAGCCCCUCCAAUACCCGUCAAGACUCCGCUGGCAUCUGGGAGUAACGACAGUGUCUAUGUUCCAGUGAUCCCAGCUGCCCCCACCAAGAUUAUCAAGAGGGGGAAAGCUCCUGAGAUCCCAAUCUUUGAACGGAGAAAUUGGCUAAUCCACUUACAUUUUGUGAAGAAGGAUUUUGAGACUUGCAAGGCACUCAUCAAGGAACAGCUCUCUGAGACAAAUGGCAUGUGUGAAUAUGCAGUGUAUGUUCAAGCAUUGAUAUCGCGACAGGAGGGAAGGAUCCAGGAAUCUUUGGAGAUGUUUCAGACAUGUGCCUUGUUAAACCCAAACAAUCCCGAAAACUUGAAACAGGUGGCCAGAUCAUUAUUCCUUCUUGCACGACACAAGGCUGCUAUCGAUGUUUAUAAUGAAGCAGCCAAAAUGAGUGAAAAAGAUUGGGAAAUUGCCCACAACCAAGGUGUAUGCUCUAUGUAUCUUGGAGAAUUUGAAAAGGCCAAGAACAGUCUCCAGCAGGCCAUAGCAUUCAAGAGACACGAUCUGAGUUAUGUGAUGCUGGGGAAGAUCUUCCUACUCGAGGGUGAUACGUCAAUGGCGAUAGAAAUCUACAGACGUGCUGUUGAAUUCUCGCCAGAGAAUCCGGAUCUUCUGACCACACUUGGCCUGCUCUAUAUGGAGAUCGGACAGCAUCAGAGAGCCUUUGAGCAGUUGGGUAAUGCCAUGACGUAUGACGCCAGCCACGUGAAGGCUAUAUUGGCUGCUGGGAGCAUCAUGCAAAGUCACGGGGACAACGAUGUUGCACUGACCAAGUAUCGAAUAGCCGCCCAGGCCACCCCAGAAAGUGCGCCACUGUGGAACAAUAUCGGCAUGUGCUUCUUUGGGAAGAAAAAGCACGUUGCUGCCAUCAGCUGUCUCAAGCGAGCUAAUUAUUUGGCACCGUUUGACUGGAAGAUCUUGUUCAAUCUCGGCCUCGUCCACCUGACGAUGCAGCAAUACGCCUCGGCGUUUCAUUUCCUCAGUGCAGCAAUUAAUCUCCGGCCUAAAAUGGGGACGCUCUUUAUGCUGUUAGCAGUUGCCCUGACUAAUCUUGAGGAUCCUGAUAAUGCCAAACAAGCCUAUGAACAAGCCUUGGCCUUGGAAGUAAUGGAUCCAGCCAUCCCUCUGAACUAUGCUGUAUUCCUCUACAAUCUUGGAGACAGGAAAGCUGCAGCAAAGUACUUUGCAAAUUUUGAAGAUCGACUUCGAACAUCCAAGCAAGCCAGCAGGCCUAUAGACCCAGAGAUCCUGGAGGUAAGUGCCAAGCUUGGUCCUGCACUGCAAGUCGGUGAAAGCCUCGUCUGGAAAGAUGAAAAAUCGAAAAACAAGCCGCCGGCACCUGCCAAACCUCCCCGGCCACCCGCAGAAGAACCAGAAUCUGGGGAUACCUUUGACAUGCAGGCCAUGCCUCCUUUCCCUGAUCCAAGCCGUCCAAAUACUGCAGCCGCCCACCCUGCUCCUGUCAGUUAUGAAAUGCCCGAGCCGCCACCUGCCCUGCCGCCAGGUUUGGAAGGCAACCACCCACGUCCUGCUCUUCCUAGCAUGCGUGGUGAACAUCUACCACCAGUUAGGACUUCUAAUCUACCACCGCUCCACCCACAAGCGAGUGCCCCUCCGUCCAAUGAGGUAGAAGUAUCAGCAACUGCACCACCUGCUGAUGGCCUACCAACGAAUCCACCGCCAUACGAUGCUGUUUUCCCGGAAGGCCAGAUUCACCACAUGCCGGAGCCACCCACGAAUGAUCCAGAACUCGAUGAUCUACCGGAUGUACCGGAGAAUGAUCCAAAUCACAACAGUCACAUGACCAGGGAUCGUACCAGACAAUUGGAACCGUUGUAGAUUUAAAGUAAUUGACGAGUCACCUCAAACAUUCAGUUCUUUUGUUAAAAUGGCCGCAAACGAGAGAUUGUUAUUGCCAUGAC